GCGAGGAAGCGCCGAGCGAACGGCCGCCUCAGCCGUCCAGCAGCUCGCGCUCUCCGGGCCGCCGCGUGCCGCCCGCGCCGCUCGCGCUGGAUGAGCCUGGCUCUCCGAGCGGCCGCGCCGCGACGGCGUCCCUGGCGCCCGCGCUGACCACGCCGCUGGCCGUGAGGAAGGCCUUCGUGGCUCCAGUAGCGGCCUCGCCAUCAGCGGGCGCGAUGCCGAGGCAUCAGCUCCUCUACUCGCCGAAGCAUGUCCAGCUGAGCCCGAGCAGUGGCGCCAGCAUGGCGAGCACAAUGGCCAGCGCCACCCUCCUCACCAGCCCGAUGGCCAUCCCCCUCAAAGGACCGCUGUGGCCGAGCUCGCCCGUCGUGGCCUCCCCGAGGGCGCCAGCCCCGAUCCCGCGCGACACGCUGCUGCAGGCGCGCACCAUGGUCCAGCGCGCGGAGCAGGGCCCGCCCGGCCUCGCCACGUGUGCGCCGACCCCAACGACCAAGGCCUGCGCUGCGCGGGUACCCGCAGCCAGGCUGGAUCGUGACCGGGCCUACACAAGCCGUGAUGGUCCAGGCGCGAAGGUAGUGUGCGCGCGAGGAGGGUGCCCUGCGCUCUCGCGUUCUUACCUCCUCUCUCGCGGGACAGCCGUUGACAGUUGAGAAACCUGCCCCGCCCAGUGCUUACACCAGGAGAACCGCAUGUGAGCCCAUUUUGAGCGGAUCCGAAUUUCAGAAUCCAGCGGGGCUCGGAACUCGCAGCGUCGGAGGGGAAGCCUGAUACUCCAGUGGCGUAUGGACCCGCUGCGGUAGGGCUUGCAUGUGAUUCUAGGCUUGCCUUGUCCUCUUGGCAGGAGGAGCAGAGAG